CCUGGCUUGUAUAUUCUCUAUAACGUAUUAUGUUUACACUUUAUCUGGACAACAAAUUCGAAAGCCUCUUCGAGUCUCUGACUCACCCUUUUGCCUUCCUAUAUCUUAUACUUUGAACCUUGAAAUAGGGAGAGGACACGCCCUUCAACGAAAGCUUACAGCAACAUAUCAUGGCUAUUACAAGCAGUUGCUGCCUCAGUCUCCCCCCUCCAAUUCCAACCUCUCGUCCUUCAACCCUUCAGGCUUCUUCCAAUUCAAAGAAUUCUCAAGGUUCAUGGUUGAAGAACGACAAGUGGAGAAGCCAAUGUUUACUGGGCAUGGCAUGCAUCAUAAUUGGGCUUGAGAUGGAUUUGGCCAGCCAUGAAAAUCUUGCGGCGGCCGAAGAUUUGCAAUUUUCACUUGGGGAAUCUAAGGAGAAAACCAAGAGAUACAGAUGGAGUGACAAAAGAAUGUGUCCUCCAUGGCGUCUUAAUGCACUAGAGACCAUUGUGCCUGAGAACCUACCAAGGCCAUCAGCUCGACGGAGAUGGGAGGCGAUUGAUUAUUCAAAGAUUGUUCCAGCUCCGGCUCCGGCAAUUAAAGUGAUAAUCAGAAGCAGCAAGAAUUGCUUUACUAUGUAAAAACAUAGAGUUGCUUGCAAAUCAUGUCGAUAAUCAAUAAAAAUAAAAGAAAAAGCAUCAGUUAUUGUUACCCA